ACAAUGCGCGAGUGAAAUAUAAUGCCUAAUGGAAAAUAUGAAAACACAAUAUGCAAAUUAACGUGAUUUUUGUAUUAGGUUAGGUGUUAAAGAAUAUUUAAGUUAUGAAUUAAAUUCAUUAAAAUUGUGUUAAUUUCUGAUAAGAGAAAGAAAGAGAAAGAGGUCGAAAAGAGAGAGAAAAGGGAGAGUGAUAAGAGAGAGAGAGAGAGAGAGAUUGACUGUCAAACUGCUGUAGAUUUAACAAAAUUUACUUUCAAUUCGUAUAAAAUAUUUUUCAGAGAAAUAAAAAAAGGAGAGAAUAAUGUAAUUUAUAUUAUCAUCGUGAAAAAAAUUGCAUUUACCGAGAAUCAUUCAGAAUUUGAUCUGAUAUAUGUACGAAUUGAGAAAUACGAAUUUAAAAACUCGAAAUGACAUCUAAUAUUGUAUCGAGUGACAAUUGGAAAUUAAAAUGUAUUUUGGGAACUGGAGGCUUUGGAAUUGUUGAACUCUGGGCACACGUCCAGAAUGGCGAAAAACUCGCAAUAAAAAGAUGCAAAUGGAAUUAUUCACAAUUGACUCCAGUGCAACGAAAAAGAUGGGCUAAUGAAGUUGACAUAAUGAGACGCUUGAGGCAUCCAAACAUUGUAAAAACAGGAUGUAUCCCAUUCAAGCUUCGAAAUACAGAAGAAAACCUGCCAGUCUUGUGUAUGGAAUAUUGCAAAAAAGGAGAUUUAAGAAAAAUUCUAAAUCAAUCAAAAAAUUGUUGUGGAAUUGUUGAAAUAGAAGCAAUCAAAAUAAUGACUGAAGUUUUAUCAGCUGUGGAAUAUUUACAUUCACAAAAUAUAACUCAUCGAGACUUAAAACCAGAGAACAUAGUCUUACAAGAGGAAAAUAAUGUGCUAUCAUAUAAAUUGAUAGAUCUUGGAUAUGCUAAAGAACUUGGAGAAAUGAGUACAUCUGCCUCUUUAGUCGGCACACUAAAUUAUGUUGCUCCGGAACUUCUUUGGAAAGAGAAAUAUAGUUCCUCUGUUGAUUACUGGAGUUUAGGAAUAUUGUUUUACGAACUUGUAACUGGAACAAGACCAUUUUUACCAACAAUGCAACAUACCAUGGAAUGGAUGAAACACAUUCAGAAUAAAAGCUAUGAUGAUAUUUAUGCCUGUGAAAUGGAAGGAAAAGUCAUUUUUGGGAAAGAUAUUCAAAAUCCAACUUAUUUAUCAAGUUGUCUCCGAAAUAAAAUGGUUCAAUGGUUCAGAGUAGUUUUACAAUGGGAUCCACAUAAAAGAGGUAGAAUAAUCGAUGAAUCCGGUACAUCUCAUUUAGUGGUAUUUACAAUGUUGCAACAUGCAUUGUCAAAUAAGAUAAUAUACAUUUUCUGCGUGCCUUUUUACAAGAUUUAUACAUACGAGAUUGAUAACGAUACUACUAUCAAAGAUCUUCAGUUAUUAAUAGAAAAAGAUACUAAUAUUGAAGUCAAGCAUCAAACACUAACAAAUUAUAGUGGUGUUAGGCUUACUGAAAGUACUGUAUCAGUCAUUUCGCAAACUAAUGACCACAUUUUCUUUCUCUUCAGAAACGGAUAUUGCUUAAUAGAAGAUGUACCUAGACCAAAUAUUCCUGUAGCAGUGGAAAAAAUGAUAAUACAAUCAAAAAAUGAAUUAAAUUAUGAAGUAUUGACAGAUUAUUAUCGCAACGCGAUAUACUUCGCGACUAAAGAAGUAAACUUAUUUCAAUUAUACGUUUUUGCUCUAAGUAUAAAUAUAGAUUUAUUGCAUCAAAAAAUUGAUGUGUUUAAUACAAACAUGGAAAUGACACUGGAAAAUACAAAGGCCCUUAUAGAUAAAGUGCAUAUAAUUCGUUUUAAAUAUAUGAACUUGGGAGAAGACGCGAUUGAUAGAAAAAAAGCACAGACCUAUUUUAAUAAAGUUGAUAAAUUGAUUAGUGCAGCCGAUCAAAUAAAGAUGCAAUUUAUGUCGUUGAAGAAAGAUAAUGAUAAAUUGAGAAAUAAAGCUCAAAGUAUCGAUUGUAUGAGGGAUUUAUCAAAAUUAUAUGAUAAGAUGUGUAAUAUAUAUUUGGAAUUUAAAAAAGAAAGUCCUCAUAAGAUAGCAACGCCACUGGACAUGGUAAAAUUAAUGUUUUCAUUCUUGACUACUCGCGAAGCAUUGCUUCAUGAUAAAAAUAUAAUCGACAUUAUAAGGCAAAUAGAUAAAUUAAAUGAUGGAUUGUUAAAGCUGCAAAAAAUAUUCAAUUCUGUUACCGUCAUGACGAAAUUAUAUUGGAAAGAAUAUCAGUUAAUCGCACAAUCGGACGUGUCUCCUCAGUCUAACAAUCAAUCCUUGAAUAUUUCUACCACUGAGUUAGAUAAGGUUAUCCAACCAGAAGACAAUAUAAUAUAUGAUAAUUUGGUCAUACGUUCCAGAUUAGACAAAUUGAUGGCUGAAAUGCAGAAAAAAUAUAACAAAAUAGUUAAUCUGGAACUAUGAUUAAAAAUAUAAAACGCGCACAUAUGUGUAUUUUAAUUUAUAUAUACUUAUAAAGCAAGAGUGUAACAUAUUUUAAUGUAUUU